GCGCGCAGUCAGUCGGUGCUGUGCCGUUGUGCAGAGUGAACUGAAGCAGAUGCCAGGCAGCGAGCGUGCGAGCUAGCAAGCGUACGAAAGAGAGACAGUAUACACACGAGCGAGAGAGCGUUGUCGCGCUGCACGCAGGCGGCGCGCGCGAGAGAGUCCGCACUUUCACCGCGUUGCCGACCAGUCUAGAUACAUAUACACACGCGAGAUAUAUAACACACAGACAGACGAGAGCGCGAGUGAAACUAGCUAAGAACUACGUCGGGGCAGAGUUGGUCUGCGAAGCUGGCACGAGAAUGGUGGUUGCCCAAUGCCUUCAGACCGAGCGCUGUUCGCUAAACUCGGGCUCGCCGUAUUGCUGCUAUUGCUUUAGUUGUGCAAUGAUGGGUCUGCAGGCCACGUCACACAAACGUAAGCUGGAGGGCGGAGUGGGCUGCAUGGAUUUCGACAUGGAGCUGGGCGAGAGCCCGGCGAAGCUUGGCAGAUUGGAGGGCAGCUGGUGGGCGAUGGACGAUUCGAGUUAUAGCUCGUCCACGUCGCCCACGCCCACGUCGUCCUCGCCGUCCUACUACGACUCGAUGGACGUGGUCUCGCCGCAGUCCUGCCUACAGACCCCCACGAGUCCGUGCCAGCAGCAGCAAGCGCAGCAGCAGCAGACCAGCAGCAGCGUCUCAUCCACGACCAGCAUCAUCACCACCAGCACGAGUACGACGAGUACUUCGUCCACGAAUUCCAGCCAUCAGCAGCAGCAGCAAGCGCAGCAGCAGCAGCAGCAGCAGCACUAUUACCAGAGGCCGACGAGCGGCGCCUCAACGGCUUACCAACAGCAGCAGCAACAGCAGCAGCACCAGCAGCAGCAGCAGCAGAGGUGGCUGCACCACCAUCCGCACCAUCAUCACCAGCAGCAGCAACAACAGCAGCAGCAGCAACAGCAGUCGCAGCAGCAGCAGCAGCAGCAGCAGCAGCAGCAGCAGUCGGGCUACGAGCCGCCGACGAUACACCGGGAGCAGAACGGUAAAAGCUACAUCGAGCUGGGCUCGAGCUACAGGACGAGCAACGGCCAGAACGAGCGCUGCUGCGAGCGCUCGUCGUGGUGCCGGCGCGGGCGCGCCUGCUACCGUCAGCGCCGCCUGGCCGUGCUCAACAUCAGCAUGUGCAAGCUGGCGAGGUACCGCCAAUUCCCCGACCCCUCGCUGCACCGCUCGGUGCUCAUCUGCAACACGCUGAGGUACCUCGAGCGCGAGAUGGAGCGCGACCGCAGCCCGCCGCCCUCCCUGGAGCCGCUGCUGCCGGCGCCCAUGACGCAGCUGCAGCAGCCCGAGCAGGGACGGCUCACGCCCUUCCCCUUCGGCGCGCUUAGCGGCCCCGGCUCCAACCACGACGGCACGGAUGUCGACUCGGGCCUCGGCGACAGCGACGACAGCCGCUCCAUCAACUGGGGCAGCGUGCUCUCGCUGUCCAGCCAGUCGCCCCUCGACCCGCUCAACAACAACGAGCUGCUCGACGUCGACAUCGGGCCCGACCUCGACCUUGACUUCAUGCCCAGCUGGAAGCCCGCCUCCGUGGUGGCCGGCGCCGCUCACGGCAGCGUCAGCCCCGUCGACGAGAGCAGCGGCGCCAGCGGCGCCGGCAGCAGUACGCACGAAGCGCUCAUGUGCGCAGGCACAUAGCCCCCGACGAUACUCGGCUCGCUUAGUCACCUCAUCGACUUCUAUCCGAGCGCGCCCGCCGGAUACUAGUGCGCGUGAUUGGCGAUCACCACGACCGUCCGAGGCUAAGACUAGAGAGACUGAGGCGAAGACUGAAAGGAGGCGAAGGCAGGCCGAGAGAGAGAGAGAGAAAGAGAGAGUGAGAGAGAAAGAGAGCCAGACGGCUCGCUGAUCGCGCGGGGCCUUUCGCGAUCGGCAUCGCAGCAAGCCAGCCGACUUCCAAAGCGACAGCCAAGUCCGUACUGUUAGCGCUCCUCCCUCUGUCCGCUCUCUCUUUCUCGUGCGCACGUUAUCUCUCCCCCGCUCUCGGCCUCUCUUUCUCUCGUUUUCUGUCUCCCGACGCCAAUGAAAAGACAUACACACCUAUACACGCGCGCGUGCGCGCGCGCGUGCACACACCCACACGUACACACAAAUCUCUCUUGUCUUCGUGUAGAUAUUUAUUGUUCGUGUCAAUUAAAGCACGCGAUAUAUGACAUUACCGGCCGAAUACCUGUCCCGCGACGAUGAUGAUUCUCUCGGCGAUAAUGAUGAUGCGCGUAUGAGUGAGUAUAAUAAGUUGAUUUCUUGCGUUACGACUUCGCCUCGGCGCUCUCAACGUUAAUACAGAGUCCCCGGGCCGGCGAUGAUCAAACCAAGUGCAUCGCUCGCCUAGCCGGCCGACGUUGAGCGCACUGCAGGUUGCUCUCUGCUGCGGAUGCCGCGUAUGUGUCCUUUCUCCAAUUCGUGGCUGGCUCAUGAUCCGCAAUUCCGCGAUCAUUUAUUCGUCCGAUAUCUUGCGAUAAUUUGCAACCCGUGAGAAACGACAGUAUCGUUCUUUGGAAGGAAUACUUAAUCGAUUUCUUUCUUAUUUUUCGUCCCUUUGUCGUUUUGUUGCUAGGUAUUGUAAUUACGAUCCAGAACUUUUGUUUUUACGUUUAAGACUCAGCAUGCGUUUCUCUCAAAUUCGAUGGGACGUGUUUAAUCGAGUAGAUUCUUCUUCUUUUUUUUUUAUUUUUAACGUUACUUUAUACAUUCCAAUUAGUCACUGACGAAUGAAUGACUUUCUUUCGUAUUGGAGAUUACUUUUUUAUGUGCGACUUUUUGAGCUGCUUAAUUCGACAGGAAAUUCUUUUUAGUUCUUUAUUGUCAUCGGUUGUUCAAUAGUAGAAUAAAAAGAAUAGAGUUAUCGCAAGAUGCGGAUAGACACAUUAUUACACACAGUUACUGUAAAAACGAAGUGAUGGUGCUAGGUCUUACCCCGGUGCUAUUUCACCAACGUACUCUUAAAAAAAAGCUGUUAUUUUUUUUCUUUUGUCUAGCAUGUUUUUUUAUACGUAGCAUUUGUUUUAUCUUCUAUACAAGAUUUAUAUCAAUUGUUUUUACUUGCAAGUUCUUUUUGUGAAAAAGACUUUUUUGUGUUAUUAUGCAUAAGGUGAUACGUGUAAAACUAUUACUUUUCUAAGGUUGAUAAAAGAGAGAAGAAAUGAUAGACCCGGGUGCGAGAUCCUAACCGAGUCAUUGAUCUCACGAGCCAGAAUAAUGAAUGUUGUUGCCUCGCGCACGUGAUCGUUUAGAAUUUCACACUUUGGUCUACCAUUCGCGUCUAUUUUGUUUGCAGCUUUAACACAUAAACAAGCGAAGAGCUUUUUCCGUCGAGUUCUCCUUAUUCAUUAUGAAUGUAAUUCGCAGUAAUGUUAAAAUAAGGAGAACCUCAUUUAGUCGAAUCAUGAAGUUUCUCAAAAUAUUGCUUUACUUCAAUUGCAAACUCAGUUUUAUAAUAAAAAAAAAGAAAUAAUACCUUUUUUACUUUUUUACUAAACGCAAUACUGAUAAUCCGCAUGGAUUCGACUGAAUAUACCUAAAAAAUCGCGCAUACACAACCAACACCUACACCCAAAGAGCCUAAGCCAGCAGAUACGAAAACAAAAUUAACGUUUAGUUAAUCCCAAUCGCAUAAAAAACAUGCACUUUGAGGGUAAUUCUCAAAAAUCACUCGAUGCGACGUUGACACAAACAAAAAAAAAACAA